UAACACCACACGGGUGUACAGCACCAACUCAUUCCCACUAGUCUCUCUCUUUCUAAACGUUACCAUCCGGUGACGGAUGAGCUUCCCGGCGACACCUUACAACUGGCCGCCGCCGGCGUUCUGAUCUCCGACGCCAGCGGCUUCUCCGAAAACCGGGUUAGCUGGGCGCGAGGGGUGCAGCGACCGGUGCCAUCCCAUCCCUGUGAUACGAUACACCGAUCUCGACCCGAAUCUUAUCCUUACGUGUCGGGUGUGGGCUCGCUUCCGGAGAUGGCGACGACCACGAUAACAACGAGCUGUCACCAGCCGUGUCGGACCUCCACAUGCCCUCCUUGGCUUCAAGCGGCUCUUGCAGACAUCCAGCAAAGGGUGCAGGCACUGGCGGUGAGCUUACCCGACGAGGAGGAAUCGCACUCGUUCGCGGAGCGGGCGGAGAACUACUACCAGAAACGGCCCCAACUCCUCGCCCUCCUCCAAGACCUCUACAACCGAUACCUCUACCUCGCCGACCGCUACUCCCAAUCCCUUCUCAAACCCCUCCACCGUCGCCAGAUCUCGUCCGUCCACUCCGACUUCGACUUCGAUGACGACCCCCGCGUCUCCGACCCCGACUCCGCCUCCUCCGACGCCGAAAGUUCCCUCUCCUUUCAACCCCUCCCGCCGCCGCCACCGCCACCGGCGGCCUCCCAAGAUUCGCCUUCCACCGAGGGGGUUUUGGACGCGAUCGUGACGGAGCUGGUUGUGGCGGCGGUCGAAAGGGAUCUGCUGGCGGCGGAGGCGGCGGAGGUGGAGCGGCGGUGGUCGGAGUCGGCGAGGAAGAUCGAGCUGCAGGGGAGUUUGCUGGAGGUACUGGAGUCGGAGAGGAUGGUGCUGCUGGGGGAGAACGCGAGACUGGGUUUCAGGGCAGCGACGGCGGAGGAGGAGGGCCGGGCGGUGGUGGCAGAGCUGGGAUACAUGCGGCGGAAGGCGGCGGAGCUGGCGCGGCUGGUGGUGAAGCUCCGGGAGGAUCACCGAGUGUGCCUUCUCGGCCGGAAGAUCGAAGCCCUCCAGGCCCAGAUCUACGGCUUGGAACGGCGGAACCGGGAGUGUUUCGACGCUAUGGCGAGGAGAGAGAAGGAAAAGUGGGAGGUUCGGGUCGAGCUGGACCGGCUUAGGGAGGAGAACCGCCGGCUCAGGGAGGAGGCCGAGGCGGACCGGGCGAAGCGGAGGAGGAGGAAGAAAGAUGGAGGUUUCGGGAAGUGGUGGGACCGGGUGAGGAAGAUCGAGUGGGCUCCAUGUGCGCCGCACGUGAAUGGUGGAAAGGGAUGCUUCUAUCUGUAAGGUGGGUUUAUUGUGUUUGGAGAUAUCUGAGAGGGGAUUCUUGGGGUAAUUUGUAUAGGGGAAAGUAACGUUACUAGGAGUUACAACUACUACUUAUCAUAUGUAGGACUGGUUAGUAGUGGAGUCAAUAUAGUCUAUACUGUGCAGUUGCAUCAGUACGAUUUAUAAGAGUCUUGGUGAUAUAGAUAGUGCUUUUGGUUAGUUAAGUAUCAGUCUGGGAGGUAUGGAUAUGGGUUAAUGUGAACCUUUGAGUUUUGGUAUUCUGCACUAUGAUUACCAGCUUGUAUAUUUUUCUCUUGAUGUAUGAUCAGCUGUUUGCAAA